AUGUCUGGAAGAAACUACACUGAAGUGAUAGAAUUCAUUCUCUUGGGCCUAACAAGCCGCCCAGAGCUGCGAGUUGUUUUCUUCGUGUUGUUCCUUGUUGUCUACAUAGUCACGGUGAUCGGAAAUGUGGGCAUGAUUAUUUUGAUCAAAACUGAUUCUCGACUUCACACUCCCAUGUACUUUUUUCUCUCAAGCUUGUCUGUUCUAGAUCUGUGUUUCUCUACAAAUGUCACUCCCAAAAUGCUAGAAAAUUUCUUAUCGGAGAAGAAGACCAUCUCCUAUGCAGGGUGUCUGGUGCAGUGCUAUAUUGUCAUUGCUGUGGUCCUUACCGAGCACUGCAUGCUGGCUGUCAUGGCGUAUGACCGUUACGUGGCUAUCUGUAAUCCUCUUCUCUAUAGCAGCAAGAUGUCCAAGAAUGUCUGUGUCCUCCUGAUCAUUGUCCCUUAUAUCUAUGGCUUCCUGCUUAGUGUGAUGGAAACUUUGAGGACCUACAACCUAUCUUUCUGUGGUGCUAAUGAAAUUAAUCAUUUCUACUGUGCUGAUCCUCCUCUUAUCAAGCUGGCGUGCUCUGACACCUACAGUAAAGAGUUAUCCAUGUACAUAGUAGCUGGCUACAGUAAUGUCCAGUCCCUCCUGAUCAUUCUUACAUCCUAUAUGUUCAUCCUUGCUGCUAUCCUCAGAAGCCAUUCUGCAGAAGGGAGAAAAAAAGCUUUUUCUACCUGCGGCUCCCACCUGACUGUGGUCACAAUCUUCUACGGAACCCUCUUCUGCAUGCAUCUGAGACGUCCCACAGAGGAGUCCGUGGAGCAAGGCAAAAUGGUGGCUGUGUUUUACACCACUGUGAUCCCUAUGCUGAACCCCAUGAUCUAUGGGCUCAGGAACAAGGAUGUGAAAGAGGCAUUGAGAAAAGCAAUAGUGAAACAAAAAUUGAGGAAAUAG